UAUUUGAGUGGAAUUUGAAUUUUCGCGCUGCUCGUUUCGGAGUGAAGCUCACCACCAACAAUAUUAAUUUCAAAUUAAUCGUUUGUUGGAUACAAAAAAAAAAUAUGCCCGAAUCAUCGGAUCAAUCGGAAUUGAUUAAAGAAACAGAAUUACUAUGUUCUAUGUGUGCACAUUUACCGAUCGGUUUGAAUAGACAUCUGAAUAUGAUGGCCUGUUUGAUCACUUAUAAUGCUCGUAAUUCGACCGAUAUUGAUAGUGAAGAAAUAUGGCGCUAUUUUCAUACAAAAUAUCAUCAAGAUCGUUUGAAUGAUUUGCAUAAAAUUCCUUUUCCCAAUGAUGAAAUGGAUUUUGAUCUUUAUGAAUGUGAUGAUUUUAAAGAAUUGAUCGAUAAACGCCGAAAAGAAGAAAAAACCAAAAUCCCGGAAUCACAAUCCGUUAAUAAAGAUGGUCCCGCCAUUGAAGCUAGUGAUGAUAAUACAUUAUCGGGAGCUUCAACACCCGUUAAUACUACACCACAAUUACCAACACGAAAACGAAAAUCAACCACUUCAUCAUCAUCAACAACAGCGGAAAAUUCAGGAACGGCGGACAAAUCUCAAACGAUUACACCUAGCCGUCGUCGUGAUCGAUCGGAUUCGGAAAAAACUGAAACCAAACAUUCACAUCGACAUCGAUCAGAUAAAGAUUCGGAUAAAAUGGAUAAAAAUUCAUCAACAAAUACAUCGACCAAAGAUACACCAUCAUCAUCAUCAUCAACGACAACCAAAAGAGUACGUAGUGUAUCAAAACGGCCUGUACGUAAUAGUCCAGCAAAUGUAACAACCACCAAUAGUUCUACCGCCAAUAAUAAUACCACAACAUCAAAAUCAUCUUCAUCAACACCAUCAUCAUCAUCAUCGAAUAGAAAACAUGAUAAAAAACAUAAAUGAAAAUUAUUAUUUGAACAUCUUAUU